GUAUCACUAAAAUGCAAUGGCCGCCAUCUUCAAGUCUUGUGAAUGUUUUGGUCGUAGUUACGGAUUCUGAGACAUUUUCUAUUUAUGAUAUGAAAUUAUUUUACGAAAAUUGUUUCAGUACAUCGUAGGUGUUCAUAUUUAUAUUGCUUAAAGGAAACAAAUAUUGUGACUUUUGAGUAUCUUACAAUUGGAACAAUGACCUCGAGUCCGUGUGUAAUGUCGUGUACGAGGACUAAAAAUAUUUUGCCGAGCGUAUUGUGUUCUCAACUACAAUUAGUAGAGAAGAUUGAGACGGCGCAGAGAUAAAACUACAUUUUCAAUUGCAGUGUGGUUGGUUAAAAUUACUUUGAGGUUGCGGGAGCUCGCAACUGCUUCAGCUCGGGUUUUGCCCAAGAUGAAAUUUUCAUCAUGUCAGCUUCAUCAGAAUAUGAAACUGUGGCCCAGCAAACUUAUGGGCCGGCCGCCUCCAGUGGAAGUAUGUUUCAACAUGUAUUGGAUGCAAAAGUAGUAAAUAUGGAUGUACCAAGGGUUCGUACACCUGUUUUGAGGGCCAUCCCUGUUUCAACAAAUGAUGGUGAUCCUGAACCAGAUUCAACAAACCAUGAAAGUAUUAUUAAAAACUUCCAUAAAGUGGACAAAAAGGACUUAGAUUAUUGUUUUAGUGAAAAAAUCUGUGAGAGUGAUAUUUCUGUUGACCCUAUUCCACACAUUGUUCGUAUUGAAGAUACACAACUUGAGAACAUAGGACACAUUGGUUUUCCUAUAUUACAAGAAGGGGAAGAUUCUAGUGAUGAAAAUUAUGUAGAUAAUACUGCAACACUUAUGCAAACACCACUGAAUACAGCUAUAGUGCAGAAUGUCACUAAACUUCCACAGAACUUUACAAUUAAUGUUGAUGCAGCAGUUAGUAAUAUUGCAACUAUUCAAAAUGUAUCUCAAGAUGGGGCUGGCAGUCAGACAUUAUGGCUCCCUACAAUCCUUACAACAAAUGCUCCAACAGACACCAAACUUGAUGAUGAUGGACAGCCUUCUGUUUCACAAAUAAUAAUUGCGAGUGAAGGUUACAUGAAUGAUCAAAGUCCAACUGAACAUAGAGCACAUAUAAUUGAUUCAAAUUAUACAACUCGUUCGAAGAAUUCUAAAGUGCACAUAUUAAGCAAUAUUACUUUACCAAAAACUUCUAACUAUUCACAACAGUAUGUUUCUCAGAGUAAGGAGGUUUUCAGUACACAGAAUCAAGUUUAUAAGUUAAGUGCAAAUGUGGUCUCUCAGAAGCAUUUUAAUAAUUCGGUUUUAUGCAACAAACCUAAGAGUCAAUCACUUAUUGGUGGCGCUACAUUAUCACCCACAUUUAUUAAUAAUAGUCCAGUGAAAAAUAUAACUUAUGGCAAUACAUUUGCUAAAAGCACAAAUACAAAUAAAAUAAAUAAUGGUGCUAACCUCAAUGCUAUUGUUGCUGCCUCAUCAGGCAGUAUGCAAUGUCAUAUUUUGUCAAGAGUUGUGUCAGGACCUAAUAAAGUGGCUGUUCAUUCUGGAAAAAAAUCCUUGAAUACUUUUAAAGGUAAAAAUUCUCAAGGACAAAAACAUCAAUCAAGAGCAGCAAUUAAGAUUAUUCAGCAGGCUGGUUCUGUUCAUAAGCCUGAUAGUAAAUUGUGGCCGAUUGCAAGUGUCACUUAUAAAACUCAACCUACUAAUUUGAACAGUGUAGAAUCAAAUACACCCAAAGUUAUUCAAAAAGUGGGAAGCCCUACUAAUAAAAUCCAGAAUCCAAUACCCUUACAGAAGGUUCAAAAGCCUGAUCGAUUAGUCUUGCAGUCUCCCUGUGGGCCUGUUUUGCUAACAACAGUUCCAUUUAGUACUAGCAUGACUAAAGGUCCUCAUUAUGUGCAAUCUGGUGCUACUCCAAAUUUACGGUAUGUCCAAACAUAUGGACUUGACAAUCAGCUCUCUACAAUAUCACAAGUUACUGCAAAUCAGCAAUUAACUGCACAAAUAUUACAAUCAUUAUCUCAACCCAAGUUGAUGCUUCAAACAAGCCAUUCAAGCCAACCAAUUAUAUCAAGAAGGAAUGACAUAAUAUCACCAAAGCAAGUUGAAGAAUUAGCUGAAAUCAAACCUGUUAAUCAGAAACGGAUUGUUUUUGGUGACAAGUCUACCCUACUUACUCCAGAUGAUCUGAUUGGUACUGAAGAACGGCCAAAUUUGUUAGAGGAAUUAGGACGAUAUUCUUAUCAUUCGCUGGCUUUUGUUAUGCUGGAUCAUACAUAUGCCUUACCGGUACAGAAAGAACCAGAUAUUUCCUCCCCCAUAUCACCAGCAGUCUCAGCAGUCCCAAUUACGACAUAUAAUGUUUCUCCGACUAUGCCAUCAGUUAUAACAACACAAAUCAUAAGUCCUGUUAUAAGUUCCCCCCUUAGCCCUAUAAUUAAUUCUCCAGCUAUUUUAAGUGCAAAGCAAUAUGAUUUACCUACAACAUCUAUUGGAACAACAUCAAUGGGAACAAUUGAUAUGACUCCAGUGCCGGUUCCAUCAAUGCCAAUAAGUGCCAUAACAUAUAAGCCUCAGGCUCCUCAAGAGGAUGAUGCUGCAUCAAUUAUAUCUUCAAUUGAAGGUGAAAGAAGACCUCCAGAACAGGGAGGCAGUGACACUGAGACAGCGCCAGAAGUUGAGGAGGAAGGUAAAACUAGGUGUGUGUGUGAUUUUACCCAUGAUGAUGGAUACAUGAUAUGUUGUGACCGAUGUGGUGAAUGGCAACAUGUUGAUUGCAUGGGCAUUGAUAGAAAUAAUAUACCUGAUGCUUAUAUGUGUGAACUUUGUCUACCACGACAAAUCGAUCGUGGACACGCGCGAGCAAUACAAAUGCGGAAGAGGGAAGAAUUAAAUGCUAUUGGGGCAUAUGAUUCAGAUUCCUCAGAGCAAAUAAAGCUACCUGGACAAAGAAGGAAGAGGUUGUUCACUGUAACUACAUACACAAACACAAGUGGAAGUUGUGUCACUACAUAUAAUUCAAGUCAAGCAUUGGCACCAUUACCACAACCAACUUUGACCUUACCCAAAAGAGGUCCAAAGAGACCUAAAAAAGCUGAGAUUGUAAAGAAGGGAAGUACAAAAAGAAAACUUACAGAUAAACGUAUAAAACGCAAAAAGGAAAUGAUGUUGACUAGAAAUAAAUUCACUUCUAAUAUAUCCAACCAGUCACAUUGGCGCGAUUUGUACGAAGUUGCAGUGACUAAUCACUAUAGUCCAGAAUUAAGGGCAAAACUAAUGAAAUACAGUAAUAAACUUGGUAAUACACCUAACAUGGCUACAGCAAUAACUGCUCACUUGUGCACAACUGUUCCACAUGCUGGUGGGAAAAUACUGAUUGCAACCAAAGAUCUUAAUGAAAACACACCAAUCAUUGAACUGAGAGGAAAAUAUAUGCUAUCAAAUCAACACAGACCACAAUUGCAAAAUAGUGCUCGGGCAGGCAGUCAAAAGCCUGGACCGUUUGUAUUUUUUUAUAGACUACCUAAAGAUAACACUCAAAUAUGUAUAGACACAAGAACAUAUGGAAAUGAAGCCAGAUUUGUUCGAAGAUCUUGUAAACCAAAUGCAGAGUUACAGCAUUGCAUUGUGAAAGGUGCAUUACAUGUAUACCUUGUUACUAUUGGAGUGAUACAAUCAAAUACAGAAAUAACAGUUGGUCAUGAUACCGAUACAAGUAAGCAACCUUGUGCAUGUGGAAAUCCCAAGUAUUGUAAAGUAAAUGGUUUAAAUCCAGUAGCUACACGUAAAAGUUCUGAUAUCCCACAAAGGGAAAAGCGCAGUAGAAAUAGAUGCUAUAGUUCAUCAUCUCCCAUAUCUCCACCGCUAUCAUCAAUGAUUACUCCUCCUAUAAAAGAUACUGUUUCUCCUUUCUCAUUCAAAAUGGACCAAACAAUAAAAACAGAAAAGAAGUCUCCUAUUAAGCAUGAGCUUCCACCUAUGUCACCAAUCAAGGAACCUAUAUUAUCUCCAGUUAAAGAACCAAUAAUGUCACCAGAAUACAAACUUAAUCUGAUUAUCAAUGAAGAAUUCAAAGAAGAGGAACAAGAAUUUGAUCUUACAGCUAAAGAAGAAAUGAAACCUGAUAUAGAUGAGGUUGAUUAUGUUAAUGUUGUACCAAAAUUUGAAGAAAAACAUGAAGUUCAAUAUAAAUCAGAAUCAGAAUCUGACGAAGAUAUAACACCAAUUACCAAAGAAGAUAAAAAGCCAAUUAUUAAAGAAGAUGUCAAUCCAAUUUUCAAUGAAGAUUUAAAACCAAUUAUCAAAGAAAAUGUAAAACCAACUAUCAAAGAAGAGGAAAAUAUAGUUAUCAAAGAAGAUAUAAAAUCAAUUAUUAAUGAAGACAUGACAACAAUAAUAAAAGAAGAUCUAAAUGAAGAACCAAUACAUACUCCAGAAAAAGAUCAAGAAGAAUCAGAGCAAUUAGUUGAUGACAUAGAAGAGACAUCUAAUCUGGAGACAACAGAAAAAAUUAUAGAGGAGGACAAACAAGUAAAAGAAUCAAGAGCUAAAUCUGCUUGUCAUGACAGAUCUUCAAGGUCAAGCAGGUCAAUCUGUGUAAACCAUGAUUCCUUGGAUGACAAAACAGAUGACUCACAAGAUAAAGUGCAGACUUCUAAGGCUAAAGAAAAAGAAAAACGGAAAAUGACACGUGAAGAACGUAAAAUGGAGGCGAUAAUGAAAGCGUUUGAGAGAAUGGAGAGAGCUGAACAAAGAAAACAGGAAGUGAAGGAGAGACAAAAGAGGCGCGAAUCUGAUCCAUAUCCACCCAAUAACUACAAUGAUAAAGAUGAUGAUGAAGAUGCUCAAAAUUCACACAAAAAGAGAAAAAGACGAAGAGGUCGGGCUAGAACAGCAUCUCAAUCAAACAGGCGCCGACUUAAUUCUGUUGACAGUGAUUUAGUAACAUCAGGUGAUGAGGCACAAAUUAUGUCUCCAAACCAGGAUUCCUCAAGAAUUGACCCUCCUUCUACACCUAUGGACACAGACAAACCCAAUGAACCUUCAGAGAACCUAGGUUUAAGUUCUGCAUGUCUUCUUGUUGAGGCAGCAGUUGGUUCUGUAGAGUCAGCAUUUAAGCAACCGAAAACAAAGAAAACAAUGGCCACUGAGUGGGUUGGUAGAUCCCCUGAUAGAACUCCAUCACCAUAUAAUUCACCAUACCGACCCUCUCUUGUAUCUGCUACAUCAUUGGAGAGCUUAGUGAGAGUUGCCUCAACUAUGAUUGGAGACCUUAGUGGUGGGCCUGAAUAUCAUGACGAAGAUCCUUGUUCUCCACCUAGAACACCAGGCAGAGAUAGGAACAAGCCUCCAAAGAAAGCUAAAAGAAUAACUAGAAGUACACCAGCUAUAGAAGUUCCCGAAGUGACACCACCAAUGCAACAUAGUGCUAAGAAACGUUGGCUUAGGCAAGCAAUCAGUGAAGAAAGUGAUACACCCUGCACAGAAUCACCUCCCAAUGAAAUGGUACCACCAUUGAAGAAACGAAGACUAGCUAGGGAGUCAUUAUCCUGUGAACAAAAUAAUAUUCCUUGCAAUGAUGAAACUUCACCAGUUUUGACCUCUGAAGAUUCUCCUGUUAAAGAUGAUUCUCAUGCUGUAGCUCGUCAAUACAAACGGAACAUAAUGGAUAUGUACACAAGAGAUCGGACUCGUUCAGACAGUGGACAGGGUUCUGAUGAUCAAUGCAAUAUUGACCAUGAUCUACUUCAUGUUACUUAUAAAGGACCACAUGAUAGGACUGAACAUAUUAGGAGAAUAAUUGGAGUUCCAACACCAGAAGAAGAAAUGCCACCAGAAAUACAUAAACCCAUUGACAUACCAGUUAACAACAAUAAUAUUGAUAUAGAAGAGUGUAAUAACAAAGUUAUACCCAUGGAUAUUGAUACCACAGUAAUAACUCAGACAAAAAUUGAUUCAAAUGAUCAUAAUGAGGUGAAAAAUGUUGGAAGUCCUCCAGAGAAAAUACAAACUUCACAAUCUGCAGACACUAGUUGUAGUUCUUCACCACAACGUGAUGAAAUGGAUGACAUACAGAAGAAAAUACAUUCAUUUCACACUGAAAACAUUCAAAUAUUAAAAAGUAGGAACAAGAAACCACCAAAAGAGCAAAGAAAAAAGGUCAACUUAAACUUUGACCUUAAUAUGGUAGACGAUCAGAUCAGCAUACAGUUGAGGACAGAUGAUAAUACCAAUACAAGGUCAGAUGUAAAUGGUGAUAUCCAAGAUGACACAAACUCUCUCUCUCCAGAAAAUAUACCUUUACCACCUGUUGAAUCUAUACCCUUACCAGCCCCAGAAACUAUACCAUUACCUGAAGAAACAAAUCCAAUGCCAUUAGUACCACCACCGGAAACUAUCCCACUCCCAGAGGAUCCAAUUGAAGCGAAUCCAAGUGUACAGCCGGAGUCACCUGUAUUAGAUGAGAAAGAACCAGAGAGGCCAUCAGUGUUAGAAUCAACAGUUCCAUUCUCUUCUCGUUUUAACUCAACAGGCCUCUUCUCUGGCAUAUUUAGCAAUAUAUCGCAAUCAUUCAAAGUGGACUCAUCAAUAAAUGAGAAUAUACCAAAUAUGUCUGUAAUUAAAAGUGCAAUAGAUAGGACUACAAGUUUAGACAGUAAUAUAUUUGAUAAAGACAGUAUUACCGCUGCUGAUGAUUUGAAAAGUGUGCAAGAAAUUUUAACGCGUGUGAGCAAUAUGCACUCAAAUAACAGUGUUUUGUUAUCGGAUGUGUUGAGUAGUUCUAAUAACAGUAGUGUAUUGCCUGCGGUGUCACCAAGGCCGGCCAAGCCAUACUGCCCCAGGAGCAACGAUCCGCGGCUUAACCCACCCACUGUUGAAAAAUCUAAACCAGUAAGAAGGAAGCUCUCUAUCCUGGAGUACCGCAAGCGGCACGCGGGCCCGGCGCCGGGCGACGAGGCGGGCGCGGGCGAGGGCGCGGCCCCCGACUGGUGCUCGGGCUCCAGCACGUCGGGGUCGUCGUCGCUGUCGCCGCAGCGGUUGGACGCCGCCGCCGCCGCCGCCGUCGACGAGCUGGAGCUGCGGCUGCACAAGGACCUCACCUCGCACUUGCCUAAAGGAGUGUUUGACGCACAGCCGACCGCGUCGGAGCGGCAGAGGGAGAACCUGAGCUCGCGGCUGAGGCGGGAGUUCGGACUGGCGCUGCCCGACGACGAGGAGGCACGCUCCGCCCCCGAGCACGCGCUCUCGGCCGCAGAGGGCGCCAGCGAGGCAGGCGCCAAGCGCUGUGACAGGUAGAGGCGGCGACACUACAAAGUAACAAUAUUUUUGUAAAUCUCAAGAGUGGCUAAUGUAAUAUAUCAUUAAUUAUAAAUGUUAUCGAGAGUGGCGCGCGGUGUACAUUCACGAUGGAGCCCGGCUCUCCUAAAACCUUCGCGAUUCUCUGCAAGUACAAAUUGUUUUUUAUUUCCCCUUGUGUACAUAUUGUAUAUAGUGCUAGUGUAAGAGGACACGUAGCGUAAUGUAUAAUGUAACUAACUCUAUGAUACGAGAAAGAUUUUUAUAUAUGUACAAUGUUCGUGUAUCUUAUUGAUAUGUUUAUUUAUUAUUAUCAACGUAGCGCGUCCUAGGGUACGUCGCCUACAUUUUUGUACGCAUAAUGUGUAAGUAAAUUAUAGUAAUUGUUUUUAUUGUUUGUUUUACUUUUUUUAGUAUUUAAACCCGCGUCGGGCGGCUCUAGUUACGGAUUCGUGUUAGCCAUUCAUAGAGGUUACGUUGUGUGUCAUAAUAUACAGUGAACGUGUGUUUGCAAUAUUUCAUCACAAUUUUUGCUGUCGUUUUCGAUCGCACCGGUCGAUUGCGUUCAUUUAGUUUCUGUUCAAUUUAUCGCAAGAAGGGUUUAUUAUUCAGCAACCCUAUCUGUGUUAUUAAUAACCGCGAAGUUAUUCCAAAUUUAAAAUUUUUCGUCUCCAUCUUAUCAUUUGUCAUAUGGAUGAAGUUACAUGACACGGAGAAGUUAUUUUAAACUUGGAGUAACUUAACAUUGCGUUUAUUAAUAAGAAGUAUAUGUUUUUUGGUUGACAUUCACUUUCAAUACUCUGUCGCAUUUUAUUCAUAAUGUCUUGUGUAUCGUUUGUUUGCGACUUUCGUUAAGAACUUAUACAAUAGUUAGUUUUAUUAAGUCAUGUAAUUGUCGAUUUUUUUUGCGGUUCAGUGUUUGAUAUUUUCUAUAUUUUUAUCAGUGUGGUCGUCUGCCAUGUAUUUUUGAGGUUGAUAAUUGUUUGUCAGAAUGUGUUAUAAAUAUCAUUUAAAAUGAGAUGUAAUUGUGUUUUAUGCACUUUAAUAUAUUUGUGAAAACAUAUAGAGGUAAUGUUGAUGUCGUACAGUAACAAUUCAAUGAUACAAAGAAGACAACGAAUACAUGUUGUGAGUAGUUUGGAGCGAACAUAGAUACACACAAACACAUGACCAGUGAGUUAGUGAGAUGCAAAAUAUUCAAAUUGUUGUAAUAAUAUUAUCAAUAUUAUGCUCCUAUACGGGCCUAAUAGAUUUAGGCUGGAUUUAAGUGGACAGAUUCUUCAAGUCUUAAGUUGGGAUUGUUUUUUAUAUAACUACUUUUGCGCAAAUCUCCAGAGUCCAGUGAUUCAGAAUUUCUUUCACCUAGACCUUAAUAUAUAUACGCCAUAAGCCCAGUGUUAACUGAUAAUAACAUGUAUAUUCACUAUUAUCAAUCCUUAUUAUAGUUACUGUAUCAUGAUGUCUAAUGACUUAAUUAAAAAUAGAUAAACUUCAUUUUUGUCAUUGUACAGACAAUCAGUCAUUCACAGACUGGCUGAAUCUUGAAUGACAGUUACACACUGUCUGUCUAAAUAAAUUAAUUUCAUAUGAAACACCGUUUGGCCUCCACUCAAUAUGACAUUGAACCUUACCGCCUAUUAUUUUAUUAUUAUUUAAGCACUCGACACAGUAAUUAAUCCUUUUUGAGUAAUCACAAUGUCUUAUACCCGUGAUUUAGAGUUUAGAGUAUAAUUUUUAUGGUUCUCAACUCUAAGUAACUAGUUACAUAUAAUAUGAAAUAAAUUUAUCAACAUAAUUUUUUUUUGAUAUGUAUUUGUUACAUUAAUUUGAUGGAAAGAGGCAGCUUUUGAAAGAAAAUUUUGUAAACAACUUCAUGCAAUCUUGAAGCAAUUGAUAUUUUAACAUGAUUUGAGUUCAUUAAGCAUAAUAAAAUAAUUAGUUUUUAGUAAAUUUGUUGCAAUAAACGCCUAAAGGCAUAUAGGUGUAUUAUAUAGGGUAUUAAUUGAAAUACAAACCUUACUGAUGUACAGUUGGGGCUUAUUGUUGGUGGAAACAGAGCUCACAGAGACUGACUUUAUGACAUGGCUGUGAUCAACAAUGGCUCACUUUAAAACAACAAAAAUAAACAGUUGUUGGUUACUUUGAUUGUUUAAGAAACAAUAUAAUGUAUAAGUUGUUCAUACACUACUGGCGUCAGGUACGCAAACUAAAUAAAAUAUAUAUUGUCAAAAAAAAAAUGAAGGAAUCGCCAACACCACCGCAAGUUCCCAACUGUACCCAUUGCUUAAUUGUAAUAAUUAAUGUAGGAAUACAGUGAUGUUCAUGAGGUCUGCUUGAGUUAUUGUAUAGCAUCACUCAUUUUAUAUAUUCAUGUAUAUUUUACACGUCAUAGUGAAAUAAUGAAAAAUACCCUACCCCCAAAUCAAAAGUAUAAGUUGAAAAUAAAUAGGAGCUUUUAGAUUUUCUUGUUUAUUCUUCAUAAUCUCAAUAUUCAGUUUCUUUCACUGACAACUUAUACUUAAACAUGUUAAUGUUGUGUAAAUAUUAAUAUGUACUUGUAAUAUUUAUUUAUUAAUACGGAACAUCAACUUCAUCUUAUAUUUAACAAACAAUGAGUCUUACUUUAUAAAGAAACAAACACUGAUACACAUGACUAUAAUAGAUGAACACAUCACUCAAUGUGAAUAUUAAGUUUGGCAUUGUAUAUACUUUGUGAGUGACACUGUGUCUAAAUUAUUUGUGCUCCAGGACCUUUUAUAAAGUAUUAUAAGAAUAAUUGUAUGUUUUGAACCAUUUGAUAUAUUUUCAAUCGAUUGCCAUAUGAAUAUAUAUAAUUUAUUUGCAAGAUAUUGUAUGUUGUGUAUCAAUAAGCUUGAAACAUUUAUUGAAUUACAAUUUCUCACGCGUUUAUUUUAUUAUUUAUUUGCAUUAUUGCAACAGUCUUAUAUAAUAUCAAUUAUAAUUAUUGUAUUGAUAAAUUUUCUAAUAAUGCUUCGUUAAUAAUAUGCCGUCGCGAAAUAGAUAGAGAUGUUAAAUGUUAUAAUUUGAUUGGCCGAGUGAACAUCACUGGCUUGUGUUUGUACAGAGAUAUUUUUUUAGAUUUGGAUUAUAGAACGAGGCGAGAGUCGUUUAAUUAAUUAUAAUAUAUGUAUGGGAUGAAUGUGUAAAUAAUUAAACCUGGUUGUUAACUAGGAUAUAAAAUUGCCACUAAAUGCCGCGUCAGAGCGCAUUAAAACUUCAUUUUGAUUCAUUGAUUUUAAAUUUAAUUUGUAGUUUUUUGCAAAUUGAUUCUGUUAAUAAUUCUUGAAUUAAUUUAAGGUGCACUUAGUCUUGUAGUAUUCUGGAUGGAAUCUUUGUGAUAUAUAAACUUGUAAUAAUUAUCAUUCGGUAGACGAGUGUGUAAAUAUUUAUUAUCAGAUAAGCAAAAGCUACAUAUAUUUUGUUAACGACUCUGGACAUUCAUUUUAAUCGAUACUAAGAGUUCCGAGUGUCGGGUCUCUAAGGGCAUGUAUACAUUAUAACAAUGGAAUAUUUUGCAAUUAUAUCAUAAUUUUUUAAUUAAAUUAAGUGGAUCGUAAAAUAGAGCUGUAUAUUAUCCAGAUGUUAAAUAUUGUUUUAUUUCUUUCUUAAUUGUUUGAGGUAAGCAUGUAAAAUUAAAAAUAAUAAUAUAGAAUAAAAGAUGUUAUGAUAAUUACAUAAAAUCUUCAUUUUGAAUAA